UAAAUUGGACAACCUCGUCAACUCUGGCACCAUGAAGAUUGUUGACGAACGCAAAACCCUGCAAGAAAUUUCCUCCCUCAGACGACUCCGCAAAACAGUCGAGUCCUUCCAAGCCGAACAAGACGAGAUUGAAAAGGACCGUAAAGCAAUCGACGAACUGCGCGCCGUGCUCGACGACCCCGAGAUGAAAGCCGUCUCUGAAAAGUACGACCAGAUCAAGGGCGAGCUUGACGAGUUGAAAAAGGAGAGCGAUGCGGCUUAUGAAGGACGAUCCAAGUUGUUUGAUCAGAGGACAGAGUUGCAGGGCAAGUUGGAUGAUGUGUGGGCGAGGAAGAAGGCGGCUCAGGCGGACUAUAAAGCGGGUACGGAUUCGUAUUGGAAGAAGGCGGUGGCUCAAGAGAUGCUCGAGCAGGCCAAGGAGCCGGCGUAUGCUGCUGAUAUCCAGGAUUGCCAGACCCUCAUCGACUUUUUCACCCGUUUGUCGGGCGGGAAUGCGUCUACUGCAGAGGGUGCCGCUGUCUCUUUAAAGUAUGGCGCGUCGACUGCACCAAAGCUCGAGCUCAGGCAGGGUGGUGAUUCCAUGGAGGGUAUGACCGCUUUGAAGAAGAAGGGAGAGGAGGAGAACAACUAUUUCGUGGCCAAGAAGACGAAAAAGGCUGCCCCCGCCAAGUCGUACGGCUCCCCUGCCCCCGCACCUCCACAACCGACCGGUGAGACCUCGAAUGCUUCAUCUCAGCAACUCAACAUUCCAUUCGGCACAUUGUCUGGUCUGAUGGCAUUGUCCAUUCCACCACCCACGAACGUGUCCGAGGUCAGCAGGGUUAUUGAAGAUUUAAAGACCAAAAAGGCCUGGUUCCAGGCUAAUCAAGACCGG